AUGUAGUUCAUACGAUGAGAAUUUUCUCGAAGAUCAACUUUGUUAAAGUUGUGCUGAUAUUUUCUGUUUAUUGUUCAAUUGAAAGUUCUGGUGAUGGUGAAAUUACUGAAAAGAAACCAUCAAAAUCCACCAAAAGCAAGAAAUCAUUUGUGGCCGUUUUAUUCUCAAAAAAUAAUACGGUUUUCAAUGCUACUGAUAACAAAAGAGGACUUUGUCGCUGGUUGAGAGGAAUGAAACAUCAAAACAAACUCUGCUCGAAAAAGGAAGGUUUGGCUGAAUUGCUGAUAGAUACCAGAAAAUUAACCAUCGAUUCAUGUAAAUUCCAUUUUAGAUACGAACAUUGGCCUUGCCUAUAUCAGAAAAAAUACUUCAGAAAAGUCUACCGAGAAACAGCCCUCAUGUACUCUCUGACAACUUCGGCUUUCAUGUAUUUGGUGGCAAAAGCCUGUGCUUCAGGGAAAUUGGAAAACUGUAAAUGUGCUAGUCAUGGAAAAUCUACCAACUCAACAGAGUGGGAAUGGGGAGGAUGUGGUGAUAACACAAAGUUCGCGAAAAAAUUCACGUACAAAUUCUUGAGACUCAGAAAAAAAGGUGAUGUCACCCAAAGAAUUUUGAGAUAUAAUAGUGAGGUGGGAAUGAAGGUUGUGAUGAAAAAUGAAGAGAAAGUUUGUAAAUGUCAUGGGUUAUCAGGUUCCUGUAGCUUCAAAAUAUGUUUCAAGCGAGUGCGUUCUUUUAGUCAGAUCACCAAGGAACUGGUGAACCACUACCAUAGCGCCAUCAAAGUGGACCCUGACAACGAUAACUAUGAACUGGAAUUGAAGAAACAUGACAAACACUUGAUAUAUCUCGAGGAAGGUUCGAGUUUCUGCCCAUCCACCAUGGGGCGGCAAUGCAAAGAUGCCGACAACUGCGCAACACUAUGUUGUGGCAGAGGAUUCUUUUCUUCUACUCAUAAAGUGAAAGAAAAAUGCAACUGUAGAUGGCGCAACGAGAGUACAUACGAGAUAGAGUGCGAGCAGUGUGAGAGAGAAGAUGUUAUCUACACUUGUCAUUGAUCAUGUGAUGGUGGAGUGGGCGACGCUCACUUUUCAAUUCGAACGUCAAACAUGAAAAAAUAUUUUUUUCUGACAAAAUAAAACAUAGUUGCAGAUAUUGGUUGUUUAAUUCAUUUAUCGUGAUGAUCAUUUGCACAUAUAUUUCAAUGACUGGUUGGUUUAUAGGAUACCUACUAGCAAACCGCCUGGCUCUGUACGGGUGCAAUGAUGAUACUGAAUAUAAAUUCACCCACCGAAAAUUUAAAGGCAUGAAGAAACAGUGAUGGAAAGAUUCUUAAUGCACAUCUACAGUAUAAAACGAACCUGCACGCGAAAUUUCAUCUUCCGAAAAUAUACCGCUAUAGAGAAACAGUGAUGAAAAGGUAAAUUUAUUUUAUGAACGCCACUUUUUCCCACGCGGC